AUGCCCUCCAAAACGACAGACCUCGCCCUUCUUGCUGCAUCGUCUGCACUUCUGGGAACCGCCACGGCUUCCUCAAUGUCCUCGACGUCGAUCCAUGGUGAUUUCUACACCUCGGAUGACUAUUACGUGGCCUCCGUCCCCGAGUUUGGUCAGCCAGCGGUGUACAUCCGCGACGAGUUGGCGCGGAUUGGGAGCACAGGCUAUGCGUCCAGCCACGCGUUCAACACGGAUCUCUUCGAUUUGGUCAACGGCCUGAACGACGUGGACGGCGCCCAAGACGUCUACGUUGUCCCGGACCUCGUAGACUUCAUCUCCCUCCUCGGCAUCGAGUACACCAGCUACUCCGCCUCGCUCGGCUUCGGAUGGGCUCGGCUCCGGGGCGUGCGCGUCGUAAGGCCUCCCCGCGUACUCCGAUUUGGCGACCUCGCGGGCCCGUUGUUACCCGACCUAGACAACCUGACCAUGGAAGUCAUACUCGCGAACGGGACGGAGCCCGAGACGGUCGUUAUGCCCUACCUGGCGGGCUACCUCGAAGAGACGUUCACGGACGCGUCGUCGUAUCCUCACGGUUUGAUCAGAGCGAACGCCGCGGACUAUUCGAUACAGGGCGCGGCGGCCGCUCGCGAGACCCGCGCAGCGCUGGCGGCGUUCAACUCGCUGGGCGUCGGGAUCCCAUCGCAGUGGGUGUCGAACUUGACUGCGAUUUACGGAGAAGACAUCAUGUGGAGGUACAUUCUGCGUGAUAACAAGAGUGGCGUGAUGUCUGUUGGCUCGCUCGAGCCCGAGGACUAUUAUCACGGCUUCUACUAG